AGCCCGUGUCAAUGGCCGGCGGCGACAUGACGACUGUCCCAAACGAGAAAGCGGAGUCGGCGGAGGAGUUGGAAGGCCUUCAGCUUCAGGCGAUCAUUGGCUUCAAUGGACAUGUUCCCUUUGGUCUCAUCUGCCAUCCAGAUCGAGAGCAUCUUAUCUAUCCACUGGGUUGCACAGUAAUUAUUCAAAGCAUAAACACUCCGGGUCAAGCUUUUUUACAUGGCCACACGAACAAUGUCUCCUGUGUCAGUGUUUCUCCAAGUGGAAGUUAUGUGGCUUCUGGUCAGAUCACAUUCAUGGGCUUUAAGGCUGAUAUCAUUUUAUGGGACUACAGCAAAAAGGAGAUGUUGUCUCGACUGUCACUUCACAAGGGUAAAAUCGAACAUCUGGCAUUUUCUCCAAAUGAUCUUUACCUGAUUUCACUGGGAGGCCAAGAUGAUGGGAGCAUUGUGGUGUGGAGUGUCCAAAAGAAAGAAGCCAUCUGUGGUAGUCCUGCUUCUGCUCGUAGUGCUGGUAACCCAACCACACUGGUAUAUUCCAACUGCAAGGAUGAGAUGUUCAUCAGUGCGGGAAAUGGAACUAUUCGAGUAUGGGAACUGGAUUUACCCAACAGAAAAAUCCGACCAAUUGAAUGUCAAACAGGGCAGCUGAAAAGAAUAGUUGCUUGUGCCAUGAUGGCAGAGGAUGACAGCUACUUCUAUGUUGGCACAUCCACUGGUGAUAUCCUCAAAAUCAAUACAAAAAGCACACUGAUGAGUAAUUUUGGCCCAAUAAAGGAUAAACACAGCUUGGGAGUUACAGCUUUGCUUUUGCUGAAAGUGGGUGACUUGGUCAUUGGCACUGGAGCUGGAAUCUUAGCCCUUUGCUCAGGAUCCAAAUAUAAAAUAAUCAAAAAAGUUCAGUUGGAAGGUGCUAUUACGUCCAUCACACCACGAGGCCAGGGCCACCAAUUUUUUGUGGGCACAAAUGAAUCACAGAUUUACCGAUUCUCAUAUUCUGACUUUAAGGAUGAGCUCAUAGCCACUUGCCAUAAUGAUGCUAUCAAUGAUAUAAUUUUCCCAUAUGGUACAUCUGACUUGUUUGCCACAUGUUCCAAGAAUGAUAUCCGUGUAUGGUAUACACCUGAAAAUAAGGAGCUGCUACGGAUUACUGUCCCCAACAUGACUUGUCAUGCCAUAGAUUUCAUGCGGGAUGGCAAAAGCAUCAUUUCAGCUUGGAAUGAUGGAAAAAUCCGUGCCUUCACCCCAGAAACUGGGCGGUUGAUAUACGUGAUCGAGCAUGCUCAUAGUAUGGGUGUGACAGCUGUGGCUACCACAAGUGACUGCAAAAGAAUAAUCAGUGGAGGUGGUGAGGGUCAGGUGAGAGUAUGGGAAGUUGGGAAGGAAACACGCAAGCUAGAAGAAGUAAUGAAAGAACACAUAUCUGCUAUUUCUUGCAUCAAGAUAAAGAAGAAUAAUCAGGAGUGUGUCACAGCCAGCACUGAUGGGACAUGCAUUAUCUGGGAUCUUGUCCACUUCAUGAGAAGGCAGAUGAUAUUGGCCAAUACUUUAUUCAAAUGUGUAUGCUAUCACCCUGAUGAACAUCAGCUUAUCACAAGUGGCACAGAUAGAAAGAUUGGUUACUGGGAAGUGUUUGAUGGAGCACCAAUUAGAGAAUUAGAGGGCUCCCUUUCUGGUUCUAUUAACGGAAUGGAUAUUACAACGGAUGGAUUGUAUUUUGUGACUGGAGGUGAUGACCAUCUAGUAAAAGUGUGGGAUUAUAAUGAAGGUGAAGUGCUUUCUGUUGGGAUUGGUCAUAGCGGCAGCAUCACCCGCCUGAAGAUCUGUCCUAACAAUAAAUUAGUUGUGAGUGUGAGUGCUGACGGUGCUAUCCUUCGUUGGAAAUAUCCUUACAUUUGUAAUCCUUAAAACAUUUGCUACUUCUAUUGGGGUUUUUUAAGGUGGCCUUUAAAUAAUUGUUCAACUUGGUAUUGUUUUUUAAAAGUCGUCAUUAGUUCAGAAGUGAAUUAGUCUGAAAAAGGCACCUGUUUAUUAUUACCAUUGUUUUUAUUGGUUUCAAUUAUUUAAUUAUAUGGCAUUUUGGUAUAUUUGUACUAUGUUUGUAAUCUAUGAUGUCUGAAAUGUUAGUUAAUAUAUAUUGUCAUGCUCCCUCCUUCACAGUGAAUUAGAAGUUGUACAAAUCUAUUGUGUAAGCAUCCUUAAAUCUCUUUCAUUAAAAAGGCAAAAGACCAUAAAAACUUUACAUUUGGAGCAGGUUUGAAUAUAUACUGAUUCAGAGCUUCAAUGAUUGUGAAUCCAAGCGGUUUCUGUCCAGAGAGGAAUAUUUAAAAAAUCCUUAUAGUGAGUUAGGUCUUCAGUUCCUCCAGUUGUAGUUCAGUCAGGAGUCUUUUACAGACCCUACAACCAGCCUCUUGCAUGCACUGCCUGUAUUGUAUUAUACAAUUCUUUCCCCAGGUGAAUCCCUAUUCUGUAUUUUCCCUCAUCUCCAAUAAAUAGGAAUAAAGUAGCAGGAUACACCUGUUCAAUUGUUAUUUCAUUCUCCCACUCAAAAUAGAAAGAAUACUGGGAAACAUUGCAAGACGAAGUGCUGGAAACAAAUAGCAACAUGCCCUUAUGGGGAAAAUUUUUGACAUUUCCUCAGUUAACUGCCAAAUACUCUCUAUGAGGUGGUUAAAUUUGCCUACAAAUAUGAUUUAAGCUUAACUAAUUCAAAGGUUUUGUCUUCGGUGGUAUAAUUAAAUAAGCAAAGCUCUGAAAGGUCUUGCUAUUUUACAUGGGGUGAAAGACUAUGAACCUGUCAUUUUUACAUAUAAUACUUUGCCUGCUUGCUGUGCCAUUUCCAGUUACAAAGGAGCAUCUAUAUGACAUACAGUAGGAUGUUUCUGAAGAGUUCUUCUGGAUAAUCUACCACACCCAUUAAAUGCCAUAGAGGGGGAGUUGCAAGUUAAUCAUUCUGAUCCCACUUAAAGUAUAAGAAUCAGUUGUUAUGUAGUUUCUUUAAAACAAAAGAUGUCCCUGAAAACUUUCUCUUGAUUCCGAAGGCAGUGUUCUAAAAUAAGUUCUUUACAGACAUAAGCCGGUGUUUGCCUUGAUAUGUUUUAUUCUGCCUUCUGCAACUCUUGGAUCAUUGAUAUAAUGGAUGGAUUAAUGACCAUCAGGAGGGAGGAAGCACUUUUAUUUUUCAUCAUAUGAAAAAUGAUCUAGGCCUUAGGCAAGGCACUAAAGUCUUCUAAGAAAGAUGUGGGGAUAUAGGUGAGCACGUUUGAAUCCUCUUCUUGACAUCUAGACAUUUUUGACUUCCUCUUCUCAACAUCUUGACAGUCUUCUUGACAUCCUGACAGUUGAUGUCAAGGGAAAGAAAGCUAACCUCCUUCUUUUGAUGGGCUACUUUGCCAUUUAAAAGAAGGUUUAAACUCUCACUGAAGUGCGAUAAGAAAUUCUGCAAUUUAGUGAGGUUUUCCUAUAAUUUUAAUGGCUUGCGGAUAGAAACUUCUUCAUUCAGAGUCAUAAGCAGUCUGCUUGAAUGGCAAAUUUCAUAAAGGGUGUGAUUUUCCUUACAACCACCUUUAUUUGUGUGGUGACUUUACAGAUGAGUUCCCAGCAUGCAUUGGUCAGUUAUUCUGAUGCUGUGCCUCAGGGGCAAAAAUAUUAAUUAAACGUGAAUGUCCCUACAAAGUAUUAAUGCUAUCUUAGUUAGUUAAUUUAUAUUUCUGCUUAAAGGUCAGAGGAUAAGUUUUAUGCAUUCGAGUUUCAUAGUUUGAUGAAAACACCUAGUCCUGUGGCAAGUUGGCAGCUGCACUUUUCAGAUCAUCUCUGAUCAAGUCAAGCAAAAUUCCAGUGGCAGCUGCAUUUGCUCAGUUGCUACAUGUGUAUACAAAUCCCAAAGCCCUUAGAUUUGGCUCUGCCUUCUUUUAUCAAGGAAUAUCUUUGUAAUCCUUUCCCCUCCCUGUCAUUAUAUUUCAGGGAAAUGGGAUUGGCUUGAUUGGGAGGGAAUAUAAAUAACUUUCAGUUUAUGUUCUUUCUAACUAAUUUGGGAUUAAUUUUCAACUAUCUGUGUGGUAAAGUGGGCUGCCCAGAGGUAGCCUAGGUGCAAAAGUUAUUACCCUAUAAGAGCCCAAUUUUAUAUUCUAGAAGAUUUAAAAUGUGAUUUAAAGGGCUGGGGGGAAUGGGCUGUGAAAAUCAGAUGAUGAAAUUGAUCAGGUGACAAAAAGCAUCUGUUGCCUCUUCAGAUGCCCAUUAUAUUUUUGACUAGGAGAGUAUGCAGUUCAACAAGUUUUCCUUGUGUUAACCAAAUAGCAGGAUGGAACCUUGAAAGCAUGAAAAUGUGGAGGGAGGAGCACCAGCCAUGCUGUUUCUAAUACCAGCCAAGGCAUCCACUAGAGGGCAGCCAAACACUUUUUUAGUCCAUGUGGGGAAAACCCUCCAAUUUGGAUCUUGAUAUAAUUUCCACAACUUUAAAUCCACUGUGUCAUAUAACAUUAAUUUUACUUACUGACAUCUUUAGGAAAACGCCAAUCUGCCAUUUGGCUUUUUCAAAUUCUUGCCAUCUCCAGAAUAUGUUCAGUUGAUGUUAUUCUGAUGAAUGCUUGGCAUUUAUACACAAACUGUUCAUGUUCCAACCCCUGAAAACACAUGAAUUCUAACAGGAAAGAAAUGACAAUAACAGCUUGCUGUUAAAGAAAACUAUUAGUCUUUUUCUCAUAAUGCGUUGGUCAGCCUUGGGCUCCCCCAUGGCAUUAACAGUGCAGGCAGCAUGGGAUGAAUUGACUAGGAUACAUCUAGCUGCAGGAUUAUUGUCUACAAUGAAGGCAGAGCUAUAAUGUCAUAUAAUGGCAUUUGGGGAAGCUCAAUGAGUUGGGGGAAGAGCUACUAGGGCAAAUCCAUCCCAUUGAAUUGGUAUUCCCUGUGUUUUUUCAUCUGUGCAUUAUAGGGCAGCACCUCAUAUAUGGAUUCUAGCUCCUUGCUUCUGAAGGGGUGAGCACAGAACUACGCUAGAAAAUGCAUGCUCUGUAGAGCUGAACAGCUGGGUCCCAUCCAUAUUCAUCACAGGCAAAGAAAAUCACCCUAAACAUAAUGCAUAUGUUACCACAGCAGAGAGAGUAACUGUGCAAGCAGCUGACCUUUCAUGUUGAAAAAUCAGUGGAGCCUGUCCAUGGCAGUUUGGUGAAUUGACAAAAACAGUGCUUGCCUGUCUCUCUCUACCAUUCCUACUUCUAUCAAAGCCAUUUUUAAAGGGAAUUACUAAAUAGCCUCCUUUAUUGUAUAUAAUUUAACCACCUCAGAAAGCUUUAAGAGGAAGGAGAGAGAGUCCUGCAAGUACAGUAUUUGCUUCGAUUCAGGCGAUUCCUCUCUGUUCAGAUAUGGGUCUGAAUUAUUAGCAGGCUGCUGCAAGUUCUGCUGUUGCUGCCUUUGGGCCAACAACUCUCUUAAGAAUGUGAUAAAUGUAAAUUCCAUUUGCACAUAGCUGCAGAGAAUGUGAUUUUAAGAGUACUCUUCCAGACAUAAUUGAUUAAUAUACCCUAAGUUCCCUUCCUUCCCCCAUUCCUGGCUUGAACAAAGACACAGGUUAAUCCUGUUAUACUUGGCUCACCUGUAUAAUGAAGUGGGAUACUCUGCUCAUAUGGUGGAUUAUCAAGAAAGCUACUGGGACUGAUUAGAAUGAAGCUGGAUUGCACCUGUUGUAAAAGAACCCUGUGGAUGAGACCUAUUCAGUGUAUCCCUGCUAAAUUAGAAAUUUGAGAUGCUGCUAAGAGAUGUGAAAGGAUCUUUCAUAAAUCAGUAAUCAAAAUGAUACUUAAAAUAAGGGUGGAAGAAAAGAACAAAACAUGUUCACUAAAACUCAGCUUCUGCAAUACAGAUCAACUUGUUCUAAUGUUCAAGGUUGACUAUUUAAAAUUUACAGACAGACAUAGUAACAGAGAGAGAGCAUCUCUGGUAUAUUCUAAGCAGAUAGAGGAAUUGUGUCAGACACUACAAAGGAAUUGGGAAGGGAGUCUUCAACCUUCCUGUAUGGCUUGAUAGGUCAUGUAUGGGAUACCAUAAUUAGUGGCGAUUCAUCAAAAUCAAGAAAGUGGUCCGGUUGUUUUAUGCUGAACGUCAUCUUUAACUUCAAAGUCAGAAACAGUAAAUGGGCAAUUUAGUGGGCUGAGAUGAGCAGGAAGCAAAUGUUAACUUUCACUGAUUGCAUAUGUGGGAAAAAAUAACCCCCACCAAAAACCUUAAACCCUGCUCCAUAUUCCAAAGAAGCCUCAGACUAUAUCACUUAACCCUUUGUGAGAAGGUCCAGUUCUGCUAUCCAUAAAUACAUAGCUAAAAGAAAAAAAGCAAAUGACAAAAGAUUUAUAGAGGUUAUGAUGCUAGAUGUUUUGUGAAGGAAAAAUGGAAUGACAAUUUAUUUUUAAAUGUCCG